AUGGUUGACACUUUCAAGCGUCUUUUGUACGACAUAAGCAAACGACUUUCUAAGGAAGAAGUUAUAGAUCUUGUGUACCUUUGUAAGGUUCCACAAUCAGCGCAGACGAAAAUACAAGAUGGGAAAGAUCUAUUUAAAUAUUUAGAAGAAACUGGUGUUAUUAAUGAACAAAAAAUUCAUACACUUAAAAAAGUGCUAUAUCUAUUACGACCAAAACGUCAAGAUCUGUUGGAUUUAGUCGACAGAAAAUUUCCUGAGGAUGAUAAUCGAUCGAAUCGUUCAAUCUCUAUUUGUACGACAAAUACAAUAAAUACCGUAAAAAGCGACACAAGUGGAUAUUCUUACGUUGCCAAUACAAAUUAAAGCACAUGCUUUCAAGUCAAGCAAGACAAAAUGCAGACGGUGGCGAUGGUGCACAGCCACAGAAGAAAUAUUUCAUUGUUGACUGUUACUGUAUUCAAUUUUACGGAUGCUCAAUAACGAAACCUUUCUGUUGUUGCUACGGGACGACAAUCCUCCUGCUUUUCCUGCUUCUGAUUUCUGUUCUCUUUUGGUUUUCAGGAAAACCUAAGACUGUGCACACGUACCUCAAUGCGAACGAGUAUCGUAAGGAUAUCGGUUUUAUCGUUGUAAGUGUGCUAUCAUUUUUACUCAUAAUUGUGAUAUUUCCAUACCUGAUUCGAAAGCAUGGUCCAAAGAUAUUUACGUGGUGUAAUCGAAAAGGUCGUGAGACUCGUGAACGACGACGAAGUCUACGAAAUGAACGGCAGCUACUACGCGAAAGUCAAGCGGUGUUAAGCCUGUCUGAACAAAGUUCACGAAAUUCUGCUGCGAAAUUGAAAGUUGAUAAUUAUCCAUCAGAUCAGCGUACACACGAAAACUCAGUACUUGAUAUAGAAGCCCAGAGACCAGGAAACCAGAUACAGUCCAUAUGA